AUGGCCAUCACACUGAUCACCACCGUCCCUGGAUCGCACCUGCAGUCCCCCUCAUUGUCGAUAAUUUCUUCCCCGAUCACGCUGGUGUGUUCUUGGAAGUCCCCACAAUCACUUGCAUUUCCAGAUCUCUCUCCUAUACUCCCCUUCCCAACCCCAGUAUCAUCUACCUUUCAACACCACGUCUCCUCGAAUAAUACAUCUCCUGCAACUCCUUCCCCGCGCAUCCCACCAGAGCUUUUCCUGGAUAUAAUCUCAUUCCUUGCCGUCCCAGACACGCCCACCACAACAGAUAUCUACGACCAUUCCGAUCUCGCAGAAAUCUGCAAUUGCUCCCUCGUGGGCAGGUUUUGGCUACAUGCAGCCCGGGAGCAUUUAUGGAAAUACGUACGACUCGGAGACGGACGAAGAGGAAAUAGUUUCGUGAAGUUGUUACAACAUUACACUUCAGGGCAUGGAUCCACCCUUCCGGGUUUUUCUCCGCACGUCAAACACCUCUUCAUUCGCGAAUCGCGAGGAGGUUUGUCGUGGGACCGGAAAUGGCUUAACGAAGUCUUGCCAACCCUAGCCGGCUCGCUGCUCAAUCUCCACUCUCUUGAAGUUGAGCGCAUCACCUGGGAGUAUCUGUCGUCCAAGUCUCGGGAUGCUUUCAUGAAAGGAUUCAAGGGCGUACGAAAGCUUGCGCUGCGAGUGUGCGAGUUCAGGACGACGCUGGAUAUGAUCAGGUUUAUUGGAGAAUUUGAAGAUGUAGAAUCGCUCGCACUGGACGGGGUGCGCUGUGAGUGGGAUGAUAUACCUGCAGAGGCGUUUGUAUCUAAAACAUACGAUAGAGCGGUCCCUGAGCCGCCAAGAAAGCUUAGGGAGCUCGCGAUGCGUGGAACACGUACCAGACAGGCGUUGAAGUGGAUGAUGGCGGCGAUGAGGCGUGACAGAGGGCGGGUGAUGGUGGAAGUGCUGAGACUGGGCGCGUUGGGUGUCAAGAGUGCCCCAGCAGUGGGAAAGUUCUUGAAGAUGCUGGGCGCAAGCUUGAAAGAGCUUCAUCUUGGAUUCGAUGCUGCAUUCAUAGACGAUGGAGAUGAGAUUGUAUCCCACAUUGACCUCAGCCAUAACAAUGCUUUGAGAGAGAUGCAUGUGUAUGGACUCGUCAUUCCUUCCUUACCACCCCCAGAUCUAUCGGACCUCGAUCCUCCCCCGCCGCCACCGCAGCUGAUGCCACUCACUGCCCUCCUCGACCGUGUGCACGCGCCGUUGCGAGCUCUCUCGCUUGCAUUGCAUCCCGCUGAUCUGCACGCCCUUUCAUCGAUGGACUUCGACGGGCUAGCUCGCGUAUUGGAUCGCGAGCCAUGGGCAACGCUAGAGGAUGUACAAGUCGUGGUAGCGAAUGAAGACGAUGGGCAGAUGGGCAGGAUCGUCAAUAAGAGACUGGAUAGACUGUUCGAGAGAGGCGUGCUGCGAGUGGAUGUAGGCUUUGAUGAUAGGGAAGUCGUAUGAUUUGAACAUCUAGACAUAUUUAUGUAAUUCCGUAGUGCGAUACAAUAUUUUUCAUUUUGCAAUUUGUGUUCAGUGUCUGUCUGGUUGAUACUUACAUGGAAGCGAACACCGCUGCCAAAUUAUAUUCCGCCUCAAGUACAUAUG